AUGGGGGAGAUAUCAGAGGAGGUGGACCAUGGUUGGGGGUGGGCGGUACCCAGCAUCUGCCCGGAGGCAGCAGGGCCAGGGCCCGCCGCCUUAGCGCCGCCAGGCACCAGGCAGCAGGCCCCGCCGGCGUGGGGCCCUGCAGAUGGCUGGACCACUGUGCAGGCAGGCACGCCCUGCUCCUUCCGGCCAGCAGCCCGCACCUCACAGACGGACACUGCGAUGGAAGCUGACCCGGGUGCCGCUAGCCUCGGGCCCCGCACAGAGCUGGACGAUGAAGACUACUAUCCCCAGGGCGUCUGGGACACGGUCUUCCUGGUGGCCCUGCUGCUCCUGGGGCUGCCGGCCAACGGGCUCAUGGCGUGGCUGGCUGGCUCGCAGGCUCGGCAGGGAGCGGGCACGCGGCUUGCCCUGCUCCUGCUCAGCCUGGCCCUCUCGGAUUUUUUGUUCCUGGCGGCAGCAGCCUUCCAGAUCCUGGAGAUCCAGGGCGGAGGGCACUGGCCGCUGGGGACGGCCGCCUGCCGCUUCUACUACUUCCUGUGGGGCGUGUCUCACUCCUCCGGCCUCUUCCUGCUGGCGGCCCUCAGCAUGGACCGCUGCCUGCUGGCACUGUGCCCACACUGGUACCCGGGGCACCGCCCGGCCCGCCUGCCCCUCUGGGUCUGCGCCGGGGUCUGGGUGCUGGCCACGCUCUUCAGUGUGCCCUGGCUGGUCUUCCCAGAGGCCGCCGUCUGGUGGUAUGACCUGGUCAUCUGCCUGGACUUCUGGGACAGCGAGGAGCUGCCGCUGCGGAUGCUCGAGAUCCUGGGGGGAUUCCUGCCUUUCCUCCUGCUGCUCGUCUGCCACGUGCUCACCCAGGCUGCCGCCUGCAAGACCUGCUGCCGCCGCCAGCCAAGACCCACGACCAGCCGUGGCUUUGCUAAUGUGGCCAAGACCAUUUUGUCAGCCUACGUGGUCUUGCGGCUGCCCUACCACCUGGUGCAGCUGCUGUACCUGGCCUUCCUGUGCGACAUCUACCCUGGCUACCUGCUCUGGGAAGCCCUGGUCUACUCCGACUACCUGAUCCUGCUCAACAGCUGCCUCAGUCCCUUCCUCUGCCUCCUGGCCAGUGCCGACCUCCGGGCCCUGCUGCGCACCGUGAUCUCCUCCUUUGCGGCAGCUCUCUGCGAAGAAUGGCCCGCCAGCUUCACACCGGCCGAGCCACAGACCCAAGUGGAUCCUGGGGGUCAGACUUUGCCAGGGCCUAUGGCCGGGGCCCAACCCCAGGUGACCUCCACGGCCCAGCCACAGGCAGACCCCACAGCACAGCCACACUUGGAUUGUGUGGCCCCCCCACAGGUGGACCCCACAGCACAGCCACAGUUGGAUUCUGUGGCCGCCCCACAGGUGGACGCCACAGCACAGCCACAGUUGGAUUCUGUGGCCGCCCCACAGGUGGACCCCACAGCCCAGACCCCCGGACCCGCUGCCGGCUCAGCCCCCAGCCCCUGUGAUGAAGUCUCUUCUGCUCCAUCCACAGAUCCCACCCCAGAAGCCCCUGAGAACCCAGCUGUGCCUGCUGUCUCUGAGGGAGAGAACCCCAGCAGUGUCCCCCCAGAGGAGGCCCCUGGGACAGGCCCCACGUGA